CGUGAGCUCACGGUCCCGGCCGCCCGGGCCCGGCUCAGAGCGCUCAGCCAGCAUGGCGGGACCCGCGCCUGGGCGGCUGCUGCGGCCGCUGGCCACGCUGGCCCUGGCCCUGGCGCUGCUGGUCCCGGGGCCGCCCGCGGUCCGGGCCGGGCAGACGCCGCGCCCCGCCGAGCGGGGGCCCCCCGUGCGGCUCUUCACCGAGGAGGAGCUGGCCCGCUACGGCGGGGAAGAGGAAGACCGGCCCAUCUACCUGGCCGUGAAGGGCGUGGUGUUCGACGUCACUGCCGGGAAGGAGUUUUAUGGGCGAGGAGCCCCCUACAAUGCCCUGGCCGGGAAGGACGCCACCAGAGGGGUGGCCAAGAUGUCGCUGGAUCCUGCAGACCUCACCCAUGACACCACGGGCCUCACGGCCGAGGAGCUGAAGUCCCUGGACGAUGUCUUCACCAAGGUGUACAAAGCCAAGUACCCCAUCGUCGGCUACACGGCCCGGAGAAUUCUCAACGAGGACGGCAGCCCCAACCUGGACUUCAAGCCGGAGGACCAGCCCCAUUUUGACCUCAAGGACGAGUUCUGACGUUCUGCCUGUAGGAGCAGGCCCUUGGGAGGGUGUGGCCAGGAGACGCUAUGGGCGAAAUCUUCAGAGUAGGCCGCCUGGGUCUCUGGCCACCCAGGUCUGAAUAAAGCAGAUGUUUAGCCUGGAACACCGAAUGCAUUCUGUUGUCCGUGGUCAAGUGCUCUGUCCACUGGGGGACCCUCCCGCACACCAGCCGGGGUGGUCAGACAGCCUCGUAAGGGUGGACAUGGCCCUCUGAGUGGUUCAAUUACCAGUGACUUUUAUUUCUUCUUUGUAUUUUUCUGUACUUGCCCAAUUUCCUACUGGAACUAUGUUUGCUUUAGAAUAAGCACAGAAAUAAACUUAUUUUUUCAAGAGGAGAA